AUGGAAGGCGGCAUUCCGGUGUUUGAUGGAAAAGGAUAUGAAAUAUGGAGCAAAAAGAUGAAGACGUUGUUUCUGUCUCAAGAACUAUGGGAUCUUGUCCAACAAGGAUACGGAGAGGCAACAUACAAAGGGUUGAGGGAGAAUAACUCAGAGCAGAUGAGAGAGUUGAGAAAGAAAGAUUCCAAAGCUCUGUACUUGAUCCAACAAGGAGUCUCCAAUGAAAUAUUUCAUGAUAUCCUGAACUCAAAUAGUUCAAAGGAAGCAUGGGAUGCUAUUAGAAAAGUAUUUGAUCAUGGUCGUGUGCAUCAAAUAGAGAUAAAGAUAGACGGUUCGACAACAAUAGAUAAGAAGACUGUGACCGAACGUAUUGAUGAAAUGACAAAGUCGAAUACGAAUACGGAAACCCCUGAGGAAUGCAUCUUCAAGGUUCCCCAAGAAUUGUGCGAAGGAAACGAGGAAUUCUACGAGCCGAAGGUGCUCGCCAUUGGGCCUUACCACCGAGGCAAACCUCACCUAGAUUCCAUGGAGGAGCACAAGUUUAGUUACCUGAAGCAAUUUCUCCAAAGAACGAAAGAGGAAAGCGUGGUCCGUUAUGUUGAAGCCGUGAUUCCUGAGGUAAAGAGAGUGAGGAAAUGUUAUGGUGGGUCUAAAGAAAGUUUACUGAGCGAUGAACAGCUCGUCCAAAUGCUGGUGGUGGAUGGAUGCUUCAUUAUCGAGCUCCUUCUUAAGUUUGGAGACAAACCUUGGUACGUAUAUAGGAGGAAUAUUACUUUUGGAAGGUCUGAGGGGAGAAUCGAACAAUACCUACGUUGGAAGCAAUUAGAUGAUGCGUUUCAAAGAUUAUUUGGGAGAGAAACUUUCUUUGAUCGUGAUUUCUUUGAUCGUGAUGGCCCUUUGAUUAACUCCAACAUCUUAUUGAGUAAUGCGUUGCAAAACGACCUGUUGUUAAUAGACAACCAAAUUCCAUUUUUCAUCCUACAAAUCUUGUACAGGGUGAAAAGUUCUCCUAAGGACUCAUCAGAUGAUGUGGAAUCAUUAGACUUGAAACUCAAACAUCUGACCCUAAAGUUCUUGUAUUGUAAGUAUGGAAUGCCUGAACCGCGGGACAUUACGAAAAUUAAUAUUGAUGGAUUAUUUGACAAUGAUCAGUGCCAUUUGCUGGACAUUGCCCACAAGACUUUAUUCUCCAACAAUAACGCAGUAGAUUGUGUGGAUAAUCCUACUAGUUCUUGUUUUGUGAACUCCGCCACAAAGCUAGAGGAAGCCAAUGUUAGGUUGGUCAAGAAAUUUGGAAGCAUUUUUGACAUAGAAUUUAACAGAGGAAAGUUGAUGAUACCAUGUUUUUCUAUAGAUGAACACUUUGAGAUUGAAGUCAAAAACUUCAUUGCUUUGGAGUUGUGUCAACAAAAAUCCGAAAAGAGGUACUGCGAUUAUGUGUUCUUCUUAGAUCAUCUAAUUGCCUCAUCUGAUGAUGUCAACUUGCUUAUAAAACGUGGCAUCAUCACCAACCAUAUGAUAGAUGCUAAGUUUGUGGAUAAUAUAUUCAUGAAGUUAACCAAAAACAUAGUAAUGUCAGAUAAUUAUACUUAUUCAGAAAUUUCUAAAAACUUGAAUGAGUAUUGUAAGAAUAAAAGGCACAAACAUUGGGGAACCUUGAAGAAGAAAUACUUCCAAAGCCCAUGGUCACUAAUGUCUCUUAUUGCAGCUUCGAUCCUCAUCGGCUUGACUUUCACACAAACAGUGUUUUCAAUCAUUUAUAAGUGAAAGUGACAGUUUCUAAUCUCCCUCGUUUUUAAUUUAAGGUUGAUGUACUUGUAUGAUUUUCCUUU